UCGUGCAGCAGCGGUACUCUUGCGUCCUGCCACUUUAUCAUGACGCACAGACACGGCACCUUUACGCUCUUAUCACACAGCCCGCACCGUAGUGUUUCUUAACUUUUUAACCUCCCUUCUUACUCAAUCUCUCUUUUCACUUUUUUUUUUUCAAACAGCUCCCCCGGAAUUGGAGAUUUGUUUGUCUGUCCGGGGAUCUGCUUAUGGAUGUUGCCGCGUUACAAGAAGAAGCGAUGUUUUUAGCUGGACAUGGACACGAGCCGACACAAAUGAUGCUCAACCAAAGGAAAGUCAAGGCGAGACGUAAACGGCGAAAGGAGUUGGUCUUGAUCCAGAUAUGCUUGUUCUGCGGUUUGCUUCUAAUUGUGAAGGGCUUUUCCUUCAUAGCAGGCAUUUCAGGUUUGUCCGUGUCUAGUCCCAGGACAGAGGAGGAGGAGCGAUGGGGAGGCAGGAGACUACUACAGGAAGCGGACAACACCAGCUUGGAUUCUCUGGAGGACGAGGGACCUAAAAACUGCACCGCUCCAGCUCUGCACGAGUUCCCCACAGACCUGUUCACAAAUGCAGAGAGAGCAGAGGGGGCGGUGGCUCUACAUGUCCUCUGUACCAUCUACAUGUUCUGUGCUCUGGCCCUGGUUUGUGAUGACUACUUUGUGCCGUCUCUGGAGAAGAUCUGUGAACGCCUAGAUCUGAGUGAGGACGUCGCCGGGGCAACCUUUAUGGCAGCUGGCAGCUCUGCACCUGAACUCUUCACAUCAGUCAUAGGCGUGUUCAUCACUAAAGGAGAUGUGGGAGUGGGAACCAUUGUUGGGUCUGCUGUCUUUAACAUCCUCUGCAUCAUUGGAGUAUGUGGCUUCUUCGCGGGACAGGCGGUGAAGCUUUCUCAUUGGGCUCUGCUUCGAGAUUCGAUCUACUACACCUUUUCCAUUGUGGCCCUCAUUGCUUUUAUCUAUGACGAGAAUGUGUGUUGGUGGGAGUCGCUGGUUCUUAUACUUAUGUAUGCAGUCUACAUCCUCAUUAUGAAAUUCAAUGGAAGGGCACAGCGUUACUUUGACCGGCGAAAGAAGGGCUCGGUGAACUUGGCCAAUGGUCUGACCGGCAGCACAGACCUGGACGAUGCUGUCAGCUGUGAUGCUACUGCGGUGCUGCUAAAGAAAGCAAACUUCCAGUGCGCUCCAUCAGUGCUGAUGGUGGAUGAGCUGUUGUCUGCGUACCCACACCAACUGUCCUUCUCUGAGGCUGGGAUGAGGGUUAUGAUCACCAGCCACUUCUCCCCCCGCACACGCCUCACUAUGGCCUCACGCAUGCUCAUCAAUGAGAGACAAAGACUGAUCAACACUACAGAGACUCGGGUGAACCGCUUCACUAAUGGGGACUCGGAGCCCGUCCCCAGGUCCCAGGGCAGGUGGGGUCUGGAGAAUGGAAUCAGUGCCAUAGAACAGGGUCUGAACGGGAGGUGCAGACUGCAGAGGCUUGAGUCUGGGAACGAAACAGAGAAUGAGACAGAUGACAAUGACAACAACGAAAAUGAAGGAGAAGGAGAGGAAGACAGCAAUGGGCCACUGGUGCCAUUCAAAGUGCCAGCUGACUGUUGUAACAAGUUGAAGUGGCUGUUCAUGUGGCCUCUCUCUCUCCUGCUGUUCUUCACUGUACCAAACUGUUCCAAACGGCGCUGGGAAAGAUGGUUCAUGGUCUCCUUCUUCACGGCUACCAUCUGGAUUGCUGGCCUCUCCUACAUCAUGGUGUGGAUGGUGACGGUAAUUGGUUUUACACUUGGCAUCCCUGACGUCAUCAUGGGCAUUACCUUCCUGGCAGCAGGCACCAGUGUCCCAGAUUGUAUGGCCAGUGUCAUAGUGGCAAGACAAGGUCUGGGGGACAUGGCCAUCUCUAACUCCAUCGGCAGUAAUGUGUUUGACAUCCUGGUGGGGCUGGGGCUGCCCUGGGCUCUGCAAACACUCUGCAUCGACUAUGGCUCUAAUGUCCAUCUGAACAGUAGAGGGCUUAUCUUCUCUGUGGGGCUCUUGUUAGCAUCAGUAUUCUUCACAGUAGUCGGUGUUCAUUUAAACAAGUGGACUCUGGACAAGCGGCUGGGGCUGGUCUGUCUGCUCCUGUACGCUGUCUUUCUGUGCUUCUCCAUCCUCAUCGAAUUCAACGUCUUCAUUUUCGUAAACCUUCCCAUGUGCCGUGACAUUCACUGACCCCUUCGUCACUUACUCCACUGGAAAAUUUUGGAAAACCAUGCCUGGAUUUCCAAUGACUUUUUUUACCGAAUAUAGAGCUUGGUAUAAUUCAUCUUUGGUGCAAUACAGACAGUGAGAGAGGGGGCGUUACUGCUUUGAGGUACCAAAAACAGGUCCAGGCAGAGGAGCAGGCCCGUGUCAAUGCUGAUGAAUGGAGAAGCUGGACUAGAGUCAAAAAUUGAACCCAAAAUGACAAUUAUAAGCUCAUAUUGGUGACUUGAACAUUUCUGAUCGAUGGAGGAACUGAAAUCCAGUGUUUGGCAGCGAUCUUUCGGCUGGAUUGUUUCUUACCAUUUGUACAAGUUUGGAAAUAAGCACACACAAUAUUUAAAGUUGUACACAAGGGAAAAGUAUUACAGUACAGUAAGUAUUGAUCUUAUGCAACACUGGAGAGGUCUUGCGAAAUGUAAUGGUCCAAAUGUGUACAGUAAUUUGUGGUUUGUGAGUCUGAAUGUCUGAUGGUAACCCUAUGGAAUCACUCACUAUGUUAGUUCUAGUUUAUUCUAUUCCAAAUAAUUUUGCAUUAUCAACUAAUAUCAAGAAACCAGACUUUCACAAAUAAUGACAUGAGGACCUCUAGUGGUACUAAAGAACUUUGCAGGUGUAGAUAUUUUUUCAAUUCUUUACAAUUUGUAUAUAUAUAGCAUUUUGGUAUGAGGUUAGGUCUUGUUUUAAAGGGAUGUUGCUCAAAUGUAUUAUGAGAUUAUUAUUUCAUAUCCUACUAUAGUUUUUGAGAUACUUCUGGAUAAUAUAUUUGAAAAUGCAUGCAUGUACAGUAGACAUGCAUACAGAAGCACGAUACAAGACAAAACUGAUGGGGAACAGCUGAAAAAAUGCUGAAUUGUAUACCGGUGUGUUGUUGGUAAUUUGGUUUAGUGUCAUUACAUAUUUAUUAACAUCUUAUGAAUGAAUACAUGUGAGUUAUCCUAAUGUGUUACCAAUGCUGUUUCUCUUGCUCAAAACCCACCACCGCAGCAUGUUUAAAUUAAGAUUUAAGUUUUGCACUGAAGGACAACAACUAGGUACUUAAUACUAUAUCAGUACAGUACUAUUCCUGUAUUAAUAUUCAUAUCUGACUGUUUAACUAAUGCAUUUUGUUAUGAAAGGGAUCUCAACGGAAAGGACACCCAGCACUGUCACUUUAUAAAUAUAGAAACUGUAUCAUUAGAAAUCAUCUUAACA